UAAUGUUUUCCCUCUGAAAAUCCACAGGAAAAACAGUGAGUUUUUUUGGGCUUUGAGUUUUUCAUUUUUCUUAGCUGAAUCAAAAAAGACGAGCUUUGUUUUCUUUAUAGUGAUUUUAACAAAUCUCCAUCCUUUGAUAAAGCUUUGAUCUUGGGUAUCAAUGGCCCUUGUGUAAAGCUCUAGUUUUGUUCAUCUGGGUUUUAAGUUACUUUAGAAAUCUUGGUUUGAGCAUGGAGAAGGUUGAAGAAGCAAACAAGGAAGCCAUCGAGAGCUGUAAUAGAGUUCUUACUCUGUUCUCUUUGCCAAAGGAUCAAGUUCCGUACAGCAACUUAAUGGUGGAAACUGGUGAAGCUGUGUUUAAGUUCAAAAAGGUAGUGUCCCUUCUCAACAAUGAUUUAAGUCACUCAAGAAUAAGAAAGUCUAAGAUGUUUGGAUCGAGUUUUCCCCAGAAAAUUUUCCUGGAAAGUCCCAUUUGCAGGACAAUUUUAUCACCGAAACCCCUUCAAGUAUACCCUUCAAACCUGUUUGAUCCCAGAAAGCACUUGCAGAUGACCAACAAGGUGUUCUUUGAUCAGAACCCUUCACAAGAUUUCAGCUUUGUCCACCACCAUCAGCAGCAGCAGAUGCAAAGCCUGCAAUUUCAGCAACAACAGCAAAUGAAAUAUCAUGCAGAUCGUAUGGUGUUUGACAAGAGUAACAGUGGCAUAAACCUUGAAUUUGAUGGAUCUAAUUGCACACCAACCAUGUCAUCAACCAGAUCAUUUGUGUCAUCUUUGAGUUUGGAUGGUAGUGUUGCGAAUUCGUUCCGUUUAGUCGGUAUGCCGCUCCAUUUCGAUCGAAUCUCUCAACAAUCUAGGAGGAAGUGUUCAGGUAAGGGACAAGAUGGGAGUAUGAAAUGUGGUACCAGUGGUAAAUGUCAUUGUUCAAAGAGGAGGAAACUGAGGAUUAAGAGAUCCGUUAGAGUCCCUGCUAUUAGUAACAAAGUUGCUGAUAUUCCUCCUGAUGAAUAUUCAUGGAGGAAAUAUGGCCAAAAGCCAAUUAAGGGUUCUCCACACCCUAGGGGAUACUAUAAGUGCAGCAGUGUGAGAGGCUGCCCGGCAAGGAAGCAUGUUGAGAGAUGCCUCGAAAACUCUUCGAUGUUGAUCGUCACGUACGAAGGCGAGCAUAACCAUUCAAGGUUACCCUCAACACACACAUGAAGAAACAUGCACUUUUUGAUCUUCGAAAACUGGCCUCCGAUAGUUAAAAUCCGAAAAUCGAUAGCCGGUUGUCGU